UCAGGCUGGAAGAACAGGUCUCAUUACACAGACGCACAGCAGGCGACGCUGAGGACGGGUGGACCAGCAAGGACUCCCUGAUGACAAGAGCCUGAUAAUCCGCACCAUCGCGUACUUCCAGGACGUAGUGAGCAAGGUGGACCUGCAGCGCCUGCGCACAGAUGCCGAGGCCCAGGAGGCACUUCUUUUUUGUUCUUUUUUGUUUUGUUUCUUUGGUUGUUUGUUUUAUUUCUUUUUACGGAAGGCAUUUCUGUCUGAGGCUGGAUCAUCCAGUGGUGAAGCCAAACUUUCCUGCCCGACAGUGCAGAUGGAGAGCAAGGAGGAAGAUCACAGUUCAGCUGGUGGCCACGAGGAAGACAAACUAACAGGCUAUGGCACCAGGGUCCCAGAUGCUGAAAGCCGCUUUGCAGACAUCAUCGAGUAUAUCAGAAAUGCACUGAGCAGGGAGGAGCUGCAGUACCUGCUGGUGGAAGACGAAGCCUGGGAGAUAUUCGUGUCUGAGGCAGAAUUGUCCAGUGAGGAGGCACAGAUGCUACGUGAAGUCCUGCUCAAUUAUUACAUAGACACGGACAUGGACCCAUUCUCAGACCAAGGCAGGUACCCAAACACUGAUCCGAACAAGGACUCAGAUUCAGACACAGACUCAGAGGAUGAAGAAGAGCGGCAGGCGAGGGAGAGGUUUUUGAAGGAAUUUCCGCAGGUGAAAGCGCAGCUGGAGGAGAGCAUAGCAAAGCUGCACGCCCUGGCGGACAAGGUGGGCAAGGUGCACCGGUACUGCACCAUCACCAACGUGGUGGCCGCCUCCACUGGGGCCGCCUCUGGCAUCCUGAGCCUCGCUGGACUGGCUCUGGCCCCUGUGACUGCAGGGGUCAGCCUGGCACUCACAGCCACCGGGAUGGGAUUGGGUGCAGCUGCAGGCGUGACUGGUGCCUCCACUGCCAUUGUGGAGCACGUAACCAGAGCAUCAGCGGAGGCUGAAGCGGGCCGCCUCACGUCAAGCAGCGUCAACCAAGUGGAGCUGGUCGCAAAGACUGUGGGUCAGAGUGUCCCCAAAAUCUUGAACGUAUCCCGGAAGUGCACUCAAGCCCUGGAAGACGUCGGGAAAAACAUCCGUGCCAUCAAGGUUGCCCAGACCAACACACGCCUGGUGGCCAAUGCUAAGCGCCUCAUGACCACAGGGAAGAUCUCAGCUCGCAACACUAGGCAGGUGCAGAAAGCCUUCGGGGGCACUGCUCUGGCCAUGACCAAGGGAGCCCGCUUCACAGGGGCAGCCACCGCAGGCCUCUUCUUUCUGAUGGAUGUGGCCAGCCUUGUCCAAGAGUCGAAGCACUUGCAGCAGGGUGCCCCUUCUGAGUCAGCUCAAGAUCUGCGGCAGCGGGCUCAGCAGCUGGAAGAGAAGUUGGCAGAGCUCAUGGAGAUCCACAGGAACCUGCAAUAAGAGGUAGCUGA